GUGUGUGUGUGAGGCUGCAGAUCGUCUUCGUGUCGCUAUUGGCUUGUGGUUCUUCCGCGCGCACCUUCUCUCUCUCUCUUUCUCUCUCCCUCUCUCAGUGAUGCUCGCACCUGCUGUAGGGCGGGAGAGCCGCAGCACCAGCAUCAGCACCAGCGGAUCUCCAUGACGGCUGCGCCUCCGGGAUGGUGCAGAAAUCCCGCAACGGCGGCGUGUUUCCCGCCGCCCCGCAGGCCGAGAAAAAGCUGAAGGUGGGCUUCGUGGGUGUGGAGGCGGGCGCGCCGGAGUGCAGCCGGGACGGAGCGCUGCUGAUCGCGGGAGCCGAGGCGUCGAAGCGCGGCAGCAUCCUCAGCAAACAGCGCUCCAGCAUCUCCGGCAAGCGGCCGCCCAAGCGCAACGCGUUUUACCGACGCCUGCAGAAUUUCCUCUACAAUGUGCUGGAGAGACCGCGCGGAUGGGCGUUCAUCUACCACGCUUACGUUUUCCUGCUGGUUUUCUCCUGCCUGGUUUUAUCUGUUUUCUCUACCAUCAAAGAAUAUGAGAAGAGCUCUGAAGAUGCGCUGUACAUCCUGGAAAUCGUGACGAUCGUGGUGUUUGGAGUGGAGUAUAUCGUGAGGAUCUGGUCAGCCGGAUGCUGCUGUCGAUAUCGAGGAUGGAGAGGAAGACUCAAGUUUGCCCGCAAGCCCUUUUGUGUGAUCGACAUCAUGGUGCUGAUCGCCUCCAUCUCGGUUUUGGCUGCGGGUACGCAGGGGAAUGUGUUCGCCACCUCCGCCAUCAGGAGUCUUCGAUUCCUCCAGAUUCUCCGCAUGAUCCGCAUGGACCGCCGCGGGGGAACCUGGAAGCUGCUGGGAUCUGUCGUCUACGCUCACAGCAAGGAGCUGAUCACCGCCUGGUACAUCGGCUUCCUUUGCCUGAUCCUGGCCUCGUUUCUGGUGUAUUUGGCAGAGAAAGAGGACAACGAGAUGUUUGAGACCUAUGCAGACGCACUCUGGUGGGGCCUGAUCACUCUGACCACCAUCGGCUAUGGUGAUAAAUACCCCAUCACCUGGAAUGGUCGUCUGCUGGCCGCCACAUUCACACUCAUCGGCGUCUCCUUCUUUGCUCUGCCGGCGGGAAUUCUGGGUUCUGGGUUUGCCUUAAAAGUUCAGGAACAGCAUCGGCAGAAACACUUUGAGAAACGGAGAAAUCCUGCAGCAGGACUCAUCCAGGCUGCCUGGAGGUUUUACGCCACAAACCUGAAUCGUACGGAUCUCUAUUCAACAUGGGAUUAUUAUGAGAGGACCAUUUCAGUGCCCAUGUACAGACUCAUCCCUCCGCUGAAUCAACUCGACCUGCUCCGCAACCUCAAGAGUAAAUCCGGCCUCUCCUUCAGGAAGGAAGCCCAACCGGAGCCUUCACCAAGUCAGAAGGUGAGCCUGAAGGAGCGAGUGUUCUCCAGCCCGAGGAAUUCAGCGACCAAAGGCAAAAACUCUCCUCAGGGUCAGCAGUCGCUACGCCGUUCACCCAGCGCCAACAGCAUUGAAGACAGUCCAUCUAAAGUGCCCAAAAGCCUGAGUUUCGGAGACCGCAACCGCGCCAGACAAGCCUUCAGAUUUAAAGGAGCGGCGUCCCGACAGAACUCAGAAGUGCUCAUUGAGAUGCAAGAGGAAGAUUUGAGACACAGGAACUCUCCAGAAGCCAGCCUUCCCGGAGAAGACAUUGUUGAUGACAAUAAGAGCUGCCAUUGUGAGUUUGUCCCUCAGGAUUUAACACCAGGACUCAAAGUUACCAUCAGAGCUGUGUGCAUCAUGAGGUUUAUGGUGUCCAAGCGGAAGUUUAAGGAAAGUCUGCGGCCGUAUGACGUGAUGGACGUGAUCGAGCAGUAUUCAGCCGGACAUCUGGACAUGCUGGCACGCAUUAAAAACCUGCAGUCCAGAGUGGAUCAGAUUGUCGGUCGAGGGGCUCCAAUUACAGACAAGGACCGUCCUAAAGGAACCACGGAUGGAGAACUGCCAGAGGAUCCCAGCAUGAUGGGACGACUCGGGAAAGUGGAGAAACAGGUCAUGUCAAUGGAAAGGAAGCUGGAUUUCCUGGUGAACAUCUACAUCCAGCGUAUGGGCAUCCCGCAGUCUGAGACGGACGCGUACUUCGCCUCUAAGGAGCCCGACCCGGCGCCUCCAUACCACAGUCCGGUGGAGCACAUGGUGAAGAGCGGCUCCAUCAACAAAAUCAUCCGCUCCAACAGCUCCGCCGGCCAGAAGAACUUCGACCCUCCGCCUUCCACCUGCGUCAACCACCACUGCCCGCCCUCCACCUCCUGGCACCCCCAAACAGCGCCCGAGGCCGGCCAGGGUUCAUCUCCAAUGGGUGACCCCUCACUAGUGCGCAUCCCUCCACCACCAGCCAACGAGCGCUCGUCUGGAGGCCACAGCGGAGGCUCCCGCGGACAUCAUCAUUCCCGUGGGACACCGGCUGAAGACGGACGUCCAGCUUCCCAAGCGCAAGCCGGAGCUGAAAGCGACACGUCUAUCUCCAUCCCCUCGGUAGACCACGAGGAGCUGGAGCGCUCCUUCAGCGGAUUCAGCAUCUCACAGUCUAAAGAAAACCUGGACUUUCUGAACAACGCCUACUUUAGUGGUGUGUCGCGGUGCACUAAAGUCCGGCCGUACAUUGCAGAGGGUGAAUCGGACACGGAUUCUGACUUGUGCGCUCCUUCGCCUCAUUCGGCCACCGGUGAUGGUGCAUAUGCAGACAGAGGCUGGACUGGCAACAAGUAAAACGAGGAGAGAUGAAUGAGAAAUGGGAUUCAACCAGCUGCUGGAAUCAAGCUUCAAAAUACGGAAGCUGCUGUGUUUAGGAAAGCGCAGCUCCAUGAGCAGAGUGGGAGAAGGCGAGUAUGAAGAAGAUGACAGAGUAUGAAGAAGUAUGUGAUCUCAGAAGCGCCAGAAAUGACUUCUGGGAGUCGAGGAGUUGAUUAUUCGUCAGUUUGGUGGACGCCUGAUGGCUGUGAAGGAUUGAUGCUAAUGUGAGGACAGACGAGAGACAAUGGAAAGCUUUGUAUGUGGUGCAUUUCGUCUUUAAGUACACGUUCACUCUUAUGGAUUUACACAUUGUUAAUGUUUGCGUCUGGCUUAAAGGGAUCGCUCACACAAAAUAACACUUAAACUAUACUUACUUUUAUGUCAUUCCAAACCACUUAUGUCCUUGUGCACAAAAUAUUAAAAUAACUAGACAGAUUAUAGCAUCUAUCAAGCUCUAAAGAGGACCAAAAACUACACAAACAAAAUCAUAAAGGUGCAUUUACAGUUAUUUACAGUUAUUUACUCUCUUUGAUUAUUACAUUCCGUGGGAGUCGAACUCUUGUGUUACUAGUGCAAUAUACUACAGUCUGAGCUGGUGUAUGAAAAGCUAAAUGAACUGACUCAUACAAAACUACACAAAAGCACCAAAACUAUCCUAAAGGUGCAUUUAUAGUUAUGCAUUUGUCAUAUCCCUUUAUGUCUCUUAGAUAAAUUUCAUUCAAUUUCCUGGGAAUCGAACCUAUGAUCUCGUGUCAUGUGCUAAGUGCAAUGUCCUAUUAUUUGAGCAAGCUUAUAAAAAGCUACGAUAGUUUAACUGACUCAUUUAAAACUAAACAAAAGCAUCAUAACAAUGUCCUAAAGGUGCAUUUAUGUUCAUGAAUUUGGCAGAUGAUGAUGUCUAAAUUUGUGCAUUUCCUGAGAAUCGAACCCAUGACCUUGCGUGAAUACAGUGCUUUGCUAUUUGAACUGGUUUUAAAAAAAGCUAAAUUAACUGACUCAUACAAAACUACAUAAAAUCACCCUAAAAAAAAUAUAAUAAAUGGGCAGUUCUGCAUUUGUCACAUGUUUUUAUCUUGGAUAAAUUUCAUUUUGAUUCCUGGGAAUCGAACUCAUGACCUUGUGCUAAAAGUGCAAUGUCCUUUUAUUUGUGCUUUUUUAUAAAAGGUACAGUAGUUUGCCUGACUCAUGCAAAACUAUACACAGCACCCUUAAAAUAUCCUAAAGGUGCAUCUAUGUCCAUGAAUUUGGCAGAUGACGAUGUCUUUUACUUUAUAUAUUUUUAAAAAGCUAAUUUGACUAAUUUAAAACCUUAGAAAUAUCAUAACUAUACAUUUUUUCAUUUGUCAGAUUUAUUAAUUUGUGCAUUGACUGGGAGUUGAACCCAUGACCUUGUGUUACACUAUUAGUGCAAUGUUCCAAUGUUUUAAUUAGUUCCUAAAAAACUACUGCAGUUUUACAGACUCAUGCAAGACUAUACAGAGCACUAUACAGAUGUCAUAAAGAUACAUUUACAGUUCUGCAUUUGUCAGAUGUUUUUAUCUUUGAUAAAAUACAUUGCUAUCCCUGGGAAUCGAACCCAUGACCUUGUGCUACAACUAAAAUGUCCUAUUAUUUGAGUCAGUUUAUAAAAAGCUACAGUAGUUUAACUGACUCAUCCAAAAAUAUACAAAGCACCAUAAAAUAUCCUAAAGAUGCAUUUACAUUCAUGCAUUUGGCAAAUGAUGGUGUGUAAGUUUUGUGCAUUUCCUGGGAAUCGAACCCAUGACCUUGUGUGGUAAAUAGUGCUCUAUUAUUUGAGCAGUUAGUUUUAAAAAAGCUAAUUUGACUGAUUCAUUCCAUAAAAAAAGAGAAAUGCAUAUUUAUGCAUUUGUCAGAUGCUUUUAAUAAUUUGUGCAUUGACUGGGAAUCGAACACAUGAACUUGUGAUGCACUAUCAGUGCAAUGUCCUACUGUUUUAACUAGUUCAUAAAAAAGCACCGGUAGUUUUACUUACUCAUGAAAAAGUAUACAAAGCACCCAAAAAUAUCAUAAAGUAGUAUUUAUAGUUCUGCAUUUGUCAAAUGUUUUAGAUAAAUAUCAUUGCUAUCCCUGGGAAUCGAACCUAUGACCUUGUGCUACAACUGCAAUGCCCUAUUUUUUGAGCUAUUUAUAAAAAGCUACAGUAGUUUCACUGACUCAUGCAAAACUAUACACAGCACCAUAAGAAUAUCCUAACUGUGCAUUUACAUUCAUGCAUUUGGCAGAUGAUGAUGGUGUGUAAGUUUUGUGCAUUUGAAUCCAACCCAUGACCUUGUGUGGUAAAUAGUGCUCUAUUAUUUGAGCAGUAAGUUUUAAAAAAAGCUCAUUUGACUGAUUCAUACCUUAGAAAUAUAAUAAAUGUAUAUUUAUGCAUUUGUUAGAUGCAUUUAUUAAUUUGUGCAUUGACUGGGAAUUGAACCCAAGACCUUGUGUUACACUAUCAGUGCAAUGUCCUACAGUUUUAAGUUCAUAAAAAGCUACAGUAGUUUAACUGACUCAUGCAAAACUAUACACAGCACCAUAAAAAUAUCCUAAAGGUGCAUUUACAUUCAUGCAUUUGGCAGAUGAUUUGUGCAUUUCCUGGGAAUCAAACCCAUAACCUUGUGCUACUUUGUAAAAGUGCAAUUUUUUACAGUUUGAGCUAGUUUAAUAAAAGGGAGUGUAACCGACUCAUGCAAACUUACAUAAAGCACCAUAAAAAUAAUGUGAAAGUGCUAAGAAAAAGUCAUAUUCAACAUAUUCGACAUCAAGGUUUUAAAAUGUAAUAUUUAUUUGCUUAUAAAUGGCAUGAAGGCCAAAUAAUAGGAGAUUACGGUGUGAACGAUCCCUUUUAAAAGUGUCUUUGUUGUUUCAUGUGGUCCAUGUUUUGCUUGUGAAUGUACUUCACGACAGCUUGUGAAUUUGAAUUUAAAGCAGGUCACUU